CACCCGAAAAAUAGCGCAUCCAUCAAGAAUCGAUACUUUUUUUUGAUUCUCCUUUUCUAAACAGCCUACCUACCCAAAUUGCUAUUUUUUCUUCCAAAAUGCUAUUCAUUGAGCCAAGUUUUGAAAAGCUCAACGCCGAAGCGUUUGGAAAUCCAGUUGUGCGUAAGCUCUCGACUGUAAAUGUCUUGGCUCUGACAGCUUUCGGUCUUUCUAUGGUUAUUCUCAGAGACGUUUUUGAGCUCGAUUUUCUUCUGAUGAAUACAGUGGCUGUUACAGUUGCAUGGUUCUCGUUUGGUUGGAUUUCCACCAAAAACUAUUUCACAGUUUGGAGAUUGAACAGUAUGUCACUUGUUUCCUGUGGAUUUUUGACGCUUCUCUGCUCGAAUCAAUACAUUUGUGAUCAUCAUUCUUGGAUUGUUUCAUUUUCGACUUUUUUCUUCACCGCCCAUGUUCAUCUGACAAAUGCCACAAUUUCUAGCAUUGAGCUUCCUGAAAAGACGAGAAGAUCUCAUGAGCACAUCAAACUUCACCGACUUCUAGUUCUGAUCUUUGUGUUCUACAUCGGAUCAUUUUUGACUGUCAGAGACGGUAAUCACGUGACUUUUCUGUUCGGCAUUUUGAUUGUAUUGACUGGUGUCAGACUUGAGAUGAUCCCAGCUGAAGUUCAAAAGGAAAGAAGUAAGGCGAAAAUGGAAUAAGUGAUAAUUGAUAUUCAUUGGUUUUCUAUUCCCAGUUUUAGUAAAUACAUUUUAACAGCUUCACACAGUGUGCGGCCCAAUUAUGGUAACACGAACGGCUGUUAGAAAUUCUUGUAUAUCUCGAAUACCCCCCGUUCAUUCAAAAAAGAUUUGGCUAGUUUUUCUGAAUACUACAGUUUUUUUUCUCUAUUUUAUAAUCUAAAAUUAAUGUUGAUAUACUGAAUCAUGAAGUUCUGUCAGGUCUUGAAA